CACUGCUCCUGUCUCAGUUUCUACGUCUUCUCUGGGGACAUCUAUCAAGCUCCUGCCCCUUCUCCUUGGUGUCCUUCCCCCCAACCCCCCGCCAGGAAGUCUGAGGAUGGAGAAAGCUAAUGGGCACCUGAUCUAGCAGCCCUGGGGAUGAGGAAAGAAAAACAGAGUGGAAUUCUCCCCCCUCCUCCAGGGGCUGAAGCCAGGGCUGCAGCAGGGAUUGACUUGAGCUGGUUUCCUCUAGAGUGAGUGACCACAAGAAGGGUCUUCGAGAGACCGGCCAGCAGCCACAAUGUCCUAUUUUGGGGAGUACUUUUGGGGGGAGAAGAAUCAUGGUUUUGAUGUCCUCUACCACAGCAUGAAGCAAGGGCAGGUCUCUACCAAGGAGCUGGCUGAUUUCAUCCGAGAAAGGGCCACGGUGGAAGAGACCUACUCCAAGGCCAUGGCAAAGCUUGCUAAGAUGGCUGGCAAUGGGACCCCCAUGGGGACAUUCGCCCCGCUUUGGGAGGUAUUCCGGGUGUCCUCGGACAAGCUGGCACUGUGCCACAUGGAGCUGACCAAGAAGCUGAAUGACCUCAUCAAGGACGUGGUCCGCUACGGGGAGGAGCAGAGCAAAGCCCACAAGAAGUGCAAGGAGGAAGCUGUGGGAACCCUGGAAGCUGUCCAGGCACUACACGGUGUCUCCCAGAUCUUGCCCAAGUCCAGGGAGAGCUAUGUUAGCAGGUGCCUGGAACUUGAGCGGCUGAGGAAAGAAGGCACCAAUCAGAAGGAGAUUGAUAAGGUAGAGGGAAAGACGAAGAAGGCAGCCGAGACCCUGCGUCGCUGCGUGGAGAAAUACAAUACAGCCCGGGCGGAUUUUGAGCGGAAGAUGUUGGAGUCAGCCCUGCGCUUCCAGGCCAUUGAGGAGACCCACCUUCGACACAUGAAGGGCAUCCUGGGAGCAUAUGCUCACUCUGUGGAAGACACACAUGUGCAGAUUGGACAGGUUCAUGAAGAGUUCAAGCAGAAUGUGGAGAAUGUCAGUGUGGAAACCCUGGUGAGGAAAUUUGCUGAGAAUAAGGGAACCGGCCGGGAAAAGCCAGGUGUCGUAGACUUUGAGGAAUACAGCUCUAUGGCCCUUCCGGAAGGUGGGAGACGCCUCCGAGGCAGUGGUGGGAACAGGCCCUUCCGAAUCCCUGGGCUGAGCCGGAGGGAGCGCGAACAUCGGCCAUCGGACUCCCCAGAGGCUGAAUCAGUGGCAUGCCCAGUAGUGGACGAGGAAGGCUUCACUGUCCGGCCAGAUGUCAAUCAGAACACAGAGCGGGAGAACCCACGCUUCUGCUCGUCUAGUGACUCUGACUAUGACGAUGAGGAGGAGCCCCGAAAGUUCUUUGUACAAAUCAAACCGGCCCCACCGCCCAGCCAGUCCCGGGACGCCGAGGCUGCCGCAGCCCAACUCAAAGCCACGGCGGGCAGCUUGAUCCUGCCACCGGGCCCUGGGGGUACCAUGAAACGCCAUUCCUCCCGGGAGAUGUCAGGGAAACCACUGAGGCCUCACUCGGCCUCCAGAGCCAUCCGAUGUGCAGAAAAGCCCCAAUCAGACGUGCAGCUGUCCAAGGCCCUCUUUGGCCCUCCCCUGGAGUCAGCCUUGGAGCCAGAAGACUUUCCAGGCUCUGGCAGCUACGGCCUUACCUCUAGCCCUUCUCCCUUCUCCUCCUCAUCCCCAGAGAAUGUGGAGGACUCAGGUCUGGACUCCCCAUCGCACCCGGCACCUGGCCCCUCUCCAGACUCCUGGGUUCCCCGACCAGCCACACCCCAGAGUCCCCCUGGGGCCAGAAGGCCUCCUAGCUCCCCACCAGCCCGGCCCCACACCUGCCCUGCCUGGACUGCGCCAGGGGGCCCUCCAGGAUCCGAGCCCAACUCUGACCCCUGGGCAAGUGAUGACCUGGUACCCGCUCUGCCCGAUGCAGGGCCCCGGGAGGGACAGGCAGUGCUCCCCAGAAGAGGCCAUACCAGGAAGACGCCUAGUACCCUCACCCGGAGCAACGGAGACCUGUCUCGUUCCUUGAGCCCCUCCCCGCUGAGUUCCUCCGUCCCCAGCAGCCUCCCCGAGAGGAGCAGCGGCUUCUCCCAGUCAGGCCUUGGGAUCUCCAGGGGCCCGAGCCCCGUGGUGCUAGGCUCCCAGGAUGCCCUGCCUGUAGCCACUGCCUUCACAGAGUAUGUCCAUGCCUAUUUCCGGGGCCAGGAUGCCCCCAGCUGCAUGGUAAAGGUGACGGGUGAGCUGACCAUGUCCUUCCCUGCGGGGAUCGUGAGGGUGUUCAGUGGGACGAUGCCCCUGCCUGUGCUCAGCUUCCGUCUGGUCCGUACGGCUGUCAUCGAACACUUCCAGCCCAAUGCUGAUCUGCUGUUCAGUGACCCUUCCCAAAGUGAUCCAGCCACCAAGGACUUUUGGCUGAAUAUGUCUGCUCUGACGGGGCAUCUACAGCGCCAGGCAGAACAGAGCCCAGCAGCCUCCUACUACAACGUGGUGCUGCUUAGGUACAAGUUCUCCAAGCCUGGGGUCCAGGCGGCUCCUCUGCAGCUCAGUGCCCACUGGCAGUGUGGCCGUGCCCUGACCCAAGUCUCGGUGGAGUAUAGUUAUUGCCCAAGCGCCAUGGCCCUGCCCACCCCACUCACCAACGUCCAGAUCCUGCUGCCUGUUGAGGAGCCUGUCACGAAUGUCCGUCUGCAGCCCGCUGCCAGCUGGAACCUGGAGGAGAAGAGGCUCUUGUGGAGACUUCCAGAUGUGUCAGAGGAAGGGGGCCAAGGCCAUCUCUCUGCCAGCUGGGAACCUCUGUCAGGGCCUAGCAUGCCCGGCCCAGUGGCCGCCCACUUCACCAGUGAGGGCAGCACCCUGUCUGGGGUGGAUGUGGAGCUUGUGGGCAGUGGGUACCGCAUGUCUCUGGUGAAGAGGAGGUUUGCCACAGGGACCUAUCUAGCUGGCUGCUGAGUUGGACUGGCUAGCCUGUGCUGCUCCCUCUCUGGGCUUGGAUUUGCACUUUGGCUCCAUGCUGGGGCCUGCACCUCCUCCCUCCCACCCCACACCCCCAACUUUGGACCAGGUUGAUUUUAAAUAGACACUGAGUGGCCCCAGCCCUCUGGGAGGGGGGGAGGGUGUGGUAUGAACUGGGAGGGUCGGGAAAUGGAGAGUGGGGGCCUAAAGUUCCCCACCCUGGGCUGAGCCUCACAGGUUUCCUUCCCCUGGGCUUCCCCUUCCCUCCUACACUCCUUCUCAGCCCAAGGUCAGCCCAGCCCAUGGGGUUUUAUGUCAUUUGAAUAAACACUCUAUUUUCUAAUAAAAUUA